CAGUGUAGACAGGGUCCAAAAGCAGCCAGAAGCGAAUGCAAAACAAAGGCAAUACAAAAGAAAUAAAAAAUAGCAGGACUGUUUAGAAACUGAAUAUAUAUAUAUAUCUAUCUGUUCGCGUGUGCAAAUAUUUUGUUUAGUGCUUGAUUUAAUACAAGUCUAUGUAAUCGUUAAAUCCGUAUUCGCCGGCUGUGGACAGAACUCUAGAAUUCGACUCAGCUGCGGUCUGUGCGUGCGCGAAAGAAAACCCAAUAAACUGUAAACAAAAGGUGAAGAGACAACGCGUAAUAACAAUAACAGAGGAAAGUACAAGGAAAGCGACGCCCACACUUUGAGAUUUUUUUGGUGCUGCAGCAGCAGAGACUGGCGCAUUGUUGAAAGGGCAACAAGUUCCCAGGAAAUCAGAAAACAUAGACUGGGCUACACGAUGUCGUCCUGUCUGCGUCUGCAGUUGGCGCUCGGCGUCCUUGUGCUCGCCCUGACUGGGGUGGCGGUGCGCGGGGAGCUGUACACGGCUCUGGCGGAAAUGGAGGAGCUACUUGAGACUGAAUCUGUAUUGAUAAGCAAUUUAGAAGGCUACAUUCGCGUGCAGGAGGACAGGCUAAGCUAUCUGAAGAACAAAAUGGAUGAAUACCAAAGAGAGCAUGCGGAUGCUGCUAGCGAUAUAACCGCCUACGUAUCGAAUCCCAUCAAUGCGUAUUUGCUGACCAAACGACUGACCACUGACUGGCGGCAGGUGGAGAAUCUCAUGGGGCACGAUGUGGGCACAGAUUUUGUGCAGAACCUCACGCAAUAUCGCAACGUGUUGAAGUUUCCCUCGGAUGAGGACCUCAAUGGCGCGGCGGUGGCGCUGCUCCGACUGCAAGACACCUAUCAGCUGGACACGUCCAGUGUGGCACGGGGCAAGCUGAACGGCAUACAGUACAGCACGGCAAUGUCCUCGGAUGACUGCUUCGAGCUGGGUCGACAGUCGUACGUGAACCGGGACUACUAUCAUACGGUGCUCUGGAUGAACGAGGCCAUGUCCCGUAUGCUGGAGGAGCCACACAAUCAGACGCAAAGCUUUACGCGUGCCGAUGUCCUCGAAUACCUCGCCUUCUCCACGUACAAGCAGGGCAAUGUUGAAAGCGCACUGACCAUGACAAAUGAGCUGCUGCAAUUGCUGCCCAACCACGAGCGGGCCAAUGGCAACAAGAAGUUCUAUGAAAAGGAAAUUGCCCACCUGAAGGAGCUGCAGAAGAUGAAGGGUGACGAUGGCACCGAUGAAAUGCCCGUUUCCGAUCUGCCUGUGGCCAAGAGCGACCCCGGCGUCUUUGACAUGACCGAGCGCAAGGCCUACGAAAUGCUCUGUCGCGGUGAGCUGAAGCCUUCGCCGUCAGAGCUGCGUCCGCUUCGCUGUCGCUAUGUCAACAACAAUGUGGCCUUUUUAAGGCUGGCCCCGCUCAAGCUGGAGGAGGCCUACAUGGAUCCAUACAUUGUUAUUUAUCACGAUGCCAUGUACGACAGCGAGAUUGAGAUAAUCAAGCGCAUGGCCCGUCCACGUUUCCGCCGCGCCACCGUUCAAAACUCGGUGACGGGCGCCCUGGAAACGGCCAACUAUCGCAUCAGCAAAUCCGCCUGGCUCAAGACCACCGAGCAUCGUGUCAUUGGCACAGUGGUGCAGCGCACCGCGGACAUGACGGGCCUGGACAUGGACUCCGCCGAGGAGCUGCAAGUGGUUAACUACGGUAUUGGCGGCCAUUACGAGCCGCACUUUGAUUUCGCGCGGCGCGAGGAGAAACGCGCCUUUGAGGGCCUCAAUCUUGGAAAUCGCAUUGCCACCAUGUUGUUCUAUAUGAGCGAUGUGGAGCAGGGUGGCGCUACAGUCUUUACCUCGCUGCAUGCGGCUCUGUGGCCCAAGAAGGGCACGGCUGCUUUUUGGAUGAAUCUGCAUCGCUCCGGCGAGGGAGAUGUGCGCACGCGACAUGCAGCGUGUCCUGUGCUCACAGGCAGCAAAUGGGUGUCCAACAAGUGGAUACACGAGCGCGGCCAGGAGUUCAGAAGACCCUGUGACCUGACUGCUGAUCAUGGUGAUUUUGCCAUUUAGUGCAAUGUUCGAGGAGAGAACUUAAGCUGAAGCCGGAAUCUCAUUUACCAGCUGACCAAUGUGCUUACUACCCACUUCUACUUACUUUGCAUUCUAACAUAUCUUUAAGAACUUGCCGGCCGGAAUUCUCAUAAUCUUUUCCUAUUGUAAAUACUCAACCCAAAAAUGAGGGUCCGGCUGCUGUCAAAAAUCAUUUAUUUUCAACUACAUACCAUGACUUGGCAUUAGUUUUAUUUUAGACAUGCUA